GUCGGGAAACAUGGCGGAAGACUGUCAAGUAGCUCCGUCUUUUCCAACAGAGUCAAUUAAAGUGAUUGCAGAGAGCAUAGGCAUUUCAGCAGUAGGCGACGAUGUAGCUAAAGAGUUGUCAGAGGAAGUCACCUUCAGAUUAAAGAUCCUAAUUCAGGAUGGGAUGAAAAAUAUGCAUCAUGGCAAGAGAAAACGUUUCUCAACUGCUGAUUUUGAUAAUGUAUUAAAACUAAAAAAUAUAGAGCCACUGUACGGUAUCCAUCCUGGAGAACAUAUCCCCUUCCGAUUUGCUUCUGGUGGAGGACGUGAACUCCACUUUUUAGAGGAUAAAGAACUUGAAAUUAACGAAAUGGUAUCUUCAUCAACACCACGGCUUCCGCUACAGAUGACAGUCAAACCACAUUGGCUGGCCAUUGAAGGUGUACAGCCUACUAUACCAGAAAAUCCUCCUCCAAUUACUAAGGAUGCUCAGAAGAAGGACUCUGUGGAUCCAGCAGCUAAACUGUCAGCUCAGCAGGAGAACAAGGAUCAGAAGCAUAUUCAUGGCCGAGGCAUGAAGAGCAUUGAGACAGUAAAGGUGAAGCAGUUGGCUACUCAUGAACUUUCUGCAGAACAACAGCUUUAUUACAAAGAAAUCACUGAAGCUUGUGUUGGUUCUGAUGAGCCCAAAAGAGGGGAAGCACUUCACAGCUUGGCCUUUGACCCAGGUCUCCACCAGAUGGUCCCAAGGUUGUGUACUUUCAUUGCUGAGGGCAUUCGGGUGAACGUUGUGCAGAAGAACCUGGCACUUCUCAUCUACCUUAUGCGGAUGGCUAAGGCGUUGUUAGACAAUCAGACUCUUUAUUUGGAAAAAUAUAUGCAUGAACUGGUACCAUCAGUGAUGACAUGCAUUGUGAGUCGACAGUUGUGCAUGAAGCCAGACAUGGAUAAUCACUGGGCUUUAAGGGAUUUUGCUGCCCGCCUUAUUUCGCAGAUUUGCAAGAAUUACAAUACAACCACAAAUGGCUUGCAGACUCGAAUUACAAGGGUGUUUUCUCGCUGUCUUAAUACAGAGAGAACUCCCCUGUCUUCUGUAUAUGGUGCUGUUGCUGGCUUGUCAGAACUUGGUCCUGAGGUGACGAAAGUAUUUGUGUUACCCAAGCUUCGGGCAUUAAGUGACAAGAUUGAGCAGUGCAUGGAGGGCAUGAAUGCUUAUGACAAGAAUGCUGCUUCCCACAUCAAAGGCUUAUUACUGAAAACUGUAGCACCAGUUCUAAAGACACUGCGAAACCCUCCUGAUACAGUAGCUGAUUAUAAGAUGGAGUAUGGAUACCUGGGCCCACAGUUGCAAACAGCUGUAGUGAAGGCACGGCAAGCACCUCCCCCUCCCACUACCACACUCACAGCACCUAUCAGAGCCAUUACGCCCACUACUACUCGCAUCAUACAGCAGGGUACAGUUCCGGGGAUGAGUAGUGUAGGACCUCGUACAGUUGUGGUAAACAAACCCCCAACCUCAGGCAUAGGGCAACAGCAGCCAGGACAGAAGGUGAUCAUUAUGACUUCUCGACCUCCCACACCAAGCCAGAGUGCCACAACUGAGACAAUGGGAGGUGUCGUGAAAACAGCUGUUGUCAAUGCUGGUGGUACAGGACUCACCACAGUGACUGUUAAUCCAAGUAGUCUUCCAGCAGGAUCUCUCUCGCAAAAUGCCCUCACCACUUCUGCCCUAACCUCACAAAGCAGCACACAACAGACGACAAAGUAUGUGGUUGUGACCGGGCCCAACCAAGGCACCAUUAAGACCGAGAUCAAGCAAGAAACAGACCUAAACCAGUCACAGCAACCCAUGGAUCUGACAUAAGACUUGUUUAUAAAGGAUGCAGGAGUGAUCUUAAUUUUAUAAUACCAAGAAAUUCAUAGGAAUUAAGAUAAAAGAGAUAUUCUCAGUUAUAUGUCAUAGUUGAUGAAGUGGAGAGACAAAUUGCCAUAAGCAUAUCUUCUUUAGACAGCAUUUCGAUUAUAUUUUUAAACUGAAUGUGAACAUAUGUUGACCACCAGAUGUACUAAGCAUAAUUUUUUCCACUGCAAGAUAUAGUCCAUAAUUUUAUAUUUAUUUUUUAUUAUGUUCAUUAUUUCUGCAUUUGGAACAAGAGUAUUUGAACAUUAACAAAUAUUAUUUCACUGUAUUGUACAAAAAGUAGUUUUAAGAUUUUUUUUCUCAGAUUUUGCUACAAAGUAGAAGUGAUUCAUCAAUGGAGUACUGCAUUCUAUUCAAGAAUCAUUUAGCACAGAAUUAUAAUAAUGAACAUUAUGUAUAUAUUAACUGACAUUUGAUUUUGUAUUUAUGAAAUAAAAAAAUUAUGUCAUC